GCUAUCUGCAGAAGUGCCUGUGUCCGCUAGUCCUUCUUUUUUUAAACCUCCUUCUCCUUCCCUUCUCAUCCUUCUCAUCCUUCUCAUCAUCUUUUCAUCACUCUCUUCGCUUCAUCUCCUCUCCCGCAAACUAUUCGGCAGCCAUGUCCAAUACGACGGUUCCGUACACGACACCCUCAUUCAUAGAGUCCCAAUGGCAGUCCCUCUUUGAGGGCCGCAACGAAGCCUUGGUGACUCUGGCGCUCCUCUUCUUCUCGCACGAGAUCAUCUACUUCACGCGCUGCCUUCCUUAUCUGAUCGCGGACCAGAUCCCCGCCCUGCAAAAGUACAAGAUUCAGCAAAAGACUAUUCAGAACACCUCCCAGAACCAGUGGAAGGUCUUCCGCUAUGUCCUCAUGUCCCAUUUCUUCUUUGAGUUGCCCAUGAUCGUCGGUUUCCACCCAGUGGCUGUCUACUUUGGCAUGGCUAUUUCUUCGGUUCCUUUCCCUCCUCUCUCAAAGAUGGCCAUGCAGAUCUUCCUGUUCUUUGUCUUCGAGGACUUCUUCCACUACUGGGCUCACCGCGGUCUGCACUACGGCCCAUUCUACAAGCACAUUCACAAGCUGCACCACGAGUGGUCCGCCCCCUUCGGUCUCGCUGCUGAGUAUGCCCACCCUAUUGAGGUCCUUAUCCUCGGCACCGGCACCAUCAGCGGGCCCCUGAUCUGGUGCUACUUCACCCAUGACCUGCACCUCAUCACGACAUUGACCUGGAUGACUUUGCGUCUUUUCCAGGCCGUCGAAGCCCACUCUGGCUACGACUUCCCCUGGUCGACCCACAACUGGCUUCCUGGCUGGUCUGGCGCUGAGCACCACGACUAUCACCACAUGGCCUUCACAAAUAAUUUCUCAACCAGCUUCAGGUGGUGGGAUCACAUUUUUGGCACCAACAAGAAGUACUUGGCCUACAGGGCGAGGAAGGAUCAAGAGCUGAAGGCUCAGGAGGUUAAGAAGGAGCUGUAAAGGAUCGCGUUGCAUAUCGUAUCCAUUUUGCCUUUUCUUUUCUUACUAUCAUCUGUAGCAAUCAUAAAGUAGACUAUACACUCAUCAUUAAACCAUAUUCCCAUCGAG